AUGAUUUUGAAAUCUUUUAUACUAGGUAAUCUAGUAUCCUUAUGCAUGAAGAUAAUCAAUUCGGUCGUUGUGGUCGGACUCUAUUAUGGAUUUCUGACCACAUUCUCCAUGGGACCCUCUUAUCUCUUCCUUCUCCGAGCUCGGGUUAUAGAAGAAGGAGAAGAAGGAACCGAGAAGAAGGUAUCAGCAACAACAGGUUUUAUUACGGGGCAGCUCAUGAUGUUCAUAUCGAUCUAUUAUGCGCCUCUGCAUCUAGCAUUGGGUAGACCUCAUACAAUAACUGUCCUAGCUCUACCGUAUCUUUUGUUUCAUUUCUUCUGGAACAAUCACAAACACUUUUUUGAUUAUGGAUCUACUACCAGAAAUUCAAUGCGUAAUCUUAGCAUUCAAUGUGUAUUCCUGAAUAAUCUCAUUUUUCAAUUAUUCAACCAUUUCAUUUUACCAAGUUCAAUGUUAGUCAGAUUAGUCAACAUUUAUAUGUUUCGAUGCAACAACAAGAUGUUAUUUGUAACAAGUAGUUUUGUUGGUUGGUUAAUUGGUCACAUUUUAUUCAUGAAAUGGGUUGGAUUGAUAUUAGUCUGGAUACAGCAAAAUAAUUCUCUUAGAUCGAAUAAGUACAUUCGAUCUAAUAAGUACCUUGUGUCAGAAUUGAGAAAUUCUAUGGCUCGAAUCUUUAGUAUUCUCUUAUUUAUUACCUGUGUCUACUCUUUAGGCAGAAUACCGUCACCCAUUUUUACUAAGAAACUGAAAGAAACCUCAGAAACGGAAGAAAGGGAGGAAGAAACAGAUGUAGAAAUAGAAACAACUCCCGAAACGAAGGGGACUAAACAGGAACAAGAGGGAUCCACCGAAGAAGAUCCUUCUUCUUCCCUCUUUUCAGAAGAAAAGGAGAAUCCUGACAAAAUCGACGAAACGGAAGAGAUCCGAGUGAAUGGAAAGGAAAAAACAAAGGAUGAAUUCCAUUUUCACUUUAAAGAGACAUGCUAUAAAAAUAGACCUGUUUAUGAAACUUUUUAUUUAGAUGGGAAUCAAGAAAAUUCGAAGUUAGAAAUCUUUUUAGAUAAAAAAGAUAAAGAUCUCGUAUGGUUUGAAAAACCUCGUGUAACUAUUCUUUUCGACUAUAAACGCUGGAAUCGUCCAUUUCGAUAUAUAAAAAACGAUCAAUUUAAGAAUGCUGUAAGAAAGGAAAUGUCACAAUAUUUUUUUUCUACAUGUCGAAGUGAUGGAAAAGAAAGAAUAUCCUUUACGUAUCCACCCAGUUUGUCAACUUUUUUGGAAAUGAUACAAAGAAAGAUGUCUCUGUUCACAACAGAAAAACUCUCCUCUGAUGAAUUGUAUAAUCAUUGGAAUUAUAACAAUGAACAAAAAAAGAAAAACCUAAGUAACGAGUUUAUAAAUAGAGUAGAAGUUCUAGAUAAGGGGUUUCGUGUUCUGAAUAUACUCGAAAAAAAGACUAGAUUGUGUAAUGAUGAAACUAAAAAAGAAUACUUACCUAAAAUAUAUGAUCCUUUUUUGAGUGGGCUCUAUCGUGGAAAAGUCAAUUUUUUUUUUUCACCCUCAAUCAUAAAUGAAAUUUCCAUAAAAAAUUACAUAGAGAUGCUUUGGAUAAAUAAAAUUUAUCUUAUCCUUCUUAUUUCUAAUUAUCAAGAAUUUGAACCAAAAAUGGAGGAUCGAAUAAGAAUUUUAAAAUUUUUAUUUGAUGCAAUUGCAACAAAAAUGGGUUAUUUCUUGAACUUAAUUAAUGAAUUUGUUACAAAAUCAAGUUUCAAUUUAAAGAGACUCUUUCCAAUAGUAAUAGAAAAGUAA